UGGUAGUGGAGAAAGCAAUAAUGCUUGCCUUUCUGAGCUGAACAACUUGUCCUAUUUGGAGACUUUAUUUAUAGUAAUAAGAGAUCCCAAUUUGGUAUCAAAAGAUCUGGUGGUCUUUGAGAAGCUUACCAGAUAUGUGAUAUCAAUGACUCACAACCCAAAUUUAGUUGAUUAUAAUCGAUCCGCAAGAACGUUGAAGCUCUUGAGGGUUAACAAACCUUGUUUGGUGGACUGCUUUUCCAAGUUGUUCAAGACAGUCGAAGAUUUAGAAUUGUGUGAGUUAAAAGAUCUGGACACUAAAUUUUUUUUUUACGAGCUUCAUACCCAAGGUUUUCUUAAACUCAAGUAUCUCAAAAUAGAUGGUUGUCCUGGGAUUCAAUACAUUGUUGACUCGACCAAAGGGGUCCCAUUACACAGUGCCUUUCCUAUGUUGGAGGAAUUGGAUAUUUUUAACCUCGAGAACAUGGAUGCAGUAUGCUAUGGCCCAAUUCCAGAGGGAUCUUUUGGGAAGUUACGUUCUUUAACAGUGAAGUAUUGUAGGAGGUUGAAAUCAUUCAUAUCCCUUCCGAUGGAGCAAGGAAGGGAUGGAUCGGUGUUACGUGAAAUGGGAUCCUUGGAUUCGACACGGGACUUCUCCUCCACAGGAACCAGUGCUACCCAGGAGUCAUGUACGAGUGAUGUUCCCACAGCAUUCUUCAAUGAACAGUAUGCUUUGCCCCAUCUUCAACUCAAGCAUCUCGAUAUCAGUGAUUGUCCUAGGAUUCAAUACAUUGUUGACUCGACCAAAGGGGUCUCAUCACGCAGUGCCUUUCCUAUCUUGGAGAGUUUGAAAAUUUCUCGACUCCAGAACAUGGAUGCAGUAUGCUACGGCCCAAUUCCCGAGGGAUCUUUUGGGAAGUUACGUUCUCUUACAGUGGGUGAUUGCAAGAGGUUGAAAUCUUUCAUAUCCCUUCCCAUGGAGCAAGGAAGGGAUCGAUGGGUGAAUCGUCAAAUGGGAUCCUUGGAUUCGACACGGGACUUCUCCUCCACAGGAAGCAGUGCUACCCAGGAGUUAUGUACGAGUGAUGUUCCCACACCAUUCUUCAAUGAACAGGUUACACUCCCUAGCUUGGAGUCCUUGUUGAUGUACGAGUUGGAUAAUGUGAUAGCAAUGUGGCACAACGAAUUUCCUCUAGAGUUUUGUUGCAAAUUGAAACAGUUGGUAAUAUUCAGGUGCAACAAAUUGCUGAAUGUUUUUCCAUCAAAUAUCCUAAAAGGGGUACAAAGUUUGGAUGAUGUGCAAAUAUCAGAUUGUGAUUCCAUAGAAGAGAUUUUUGAUCUACAGGGAGUAAAUUGCAAGGAAAUUCAUGAUAAUGCAACCAUUCCACUGAGCGAAUAUGGAAUAAGGAUCCUCAAGGACUUGUCUCCUUUCAAAACCUACAGUCAUUAGAAGUCGUUAGGUGUCCUUAUUUAAAAUAUAUUUUUCCAAUUAUGGUAGCAAAAGGCCUUGUGCAACUUAAAUCCCUAAUGAUAGAAGAUUGUCAAGUGGAGGAAAUUGUUGCAAAUGAAAAUGGAGGUGAAGUAAUGUCUUCAUUAUUCCCUGAACUAACCUCUCUCACACUCGAAGGAUUAUACAAACUCAAAGGUUUCUAUCGAGGAACAUGUAUUGCAAGAUGGCCACAUUUGAAAAACCUAAUGAUGUGGGAAUGUGAUCAAGUGGAGACACUUUUUCAAGAAAUAGACUCAGAUGGUUAUAUUGAUAGUCCAAUUCAACAAUCUUUCUUCUUGUUGGAAAAGGAUGCAUUCCAUAAUUUGGAGGAUUUGUUCUUAAAGGGCUCCAAAAUGAAAAUAUGGCAAGGCCAAUUUUCAGGGGAGUCAUUUUGCAAUCUUAGAUAUUUGGAGAUAACAAUGUGUCACGACAUUUUGGUUGUGAUACCUUGUAGUAUGCUUCCAAAGUUGCAUAAUCUAAAGGAACUCUCUGUGAGCAAGUGUAAUUCAGUGAAAGAGGUAUUCCAAAUGAAGGAACUUGUGAAUCAGGAAUACCAAGUUGAGACACUCCCACGUUUAACUAAAAUGGUCCUAGAAGAUCUACCAUUGUUGACAUAUCUAUCUGGAUUGGUUCAAAUUUUUGAGAAUCUUCAUUCUCUAGAAGUAUGUGGUUGUGAAAAUUUAAUAUAUGUGGUGACAUCCUCAAUAGCUAAAACAUUGGUGCAACUCAAAGAGCUUACUAUAGAAAAAUGCAAAUCGGUGAAAGAAAUAGUCGGACAUGAGGGAGGUGAAGAACCAUAUGAUAUUGUUUUCUCCAAAUUACAAAGGAUUAGACUUGUUAACUUACAAUGUCUAAAAUGGUUUUGCUCAACUAGAUGCAUCUUCGAAUUCCCAUCCUUGGAACAAUUUGAGGUGAUAAGAUGCCCUCAGAUGAAAUUUUUUUGUGAGAGAGUCUCAAGUACACCAAGGUUAAAGGAAGUAAAAAUUGAUGAUCAUGUGGAAGAGCAUUUGGGGUGUGACUUCAAUACCAUCAUCCCUAAUACAGCUUUGGAGAAGGAGACGUUUGAGAAGGAUCCUGAGGCUCUUGGGACAACCACUCAAUUACAUUUGGAGGAUUAUGAAGAACGGGAUUUUGGAGAUGAUGAUGAUGAGGUCAACGACGAUGAUGAUUAUGAUGAUGAUGAUGAGGUCAAAGAAGAGGAAGAUGGCGCAAUUCCAGAGGGAUCUUUUGGGAAGUCACGUUUUCUAAGAGUGGAUGAUUGUAAGAGGUUGAAAUCUUUCAAUUUCCUUCCCAUGGAGCAAGGAAGGGAUCGAUGGGUGAAUCGUCAAAUGGGAUCCUUGGAUUCGACACGGGACUUCUCCUCCACAGGAAGCAGUGCUACCCAGGAGUUAUGUACGAGUGAUGUUCCCACACCAUUCUUCAAUGAACAGGUUACACUCCCUAGCUUGGAGUCCUUGUUGAUGUACGAGUUGGAUAAUGUGAUAGCAAUGUGGCCCAACCAACUUCCUCUAGAGUCUUGUUGCAAAUUGAAAAGAUUACAAAUAUUAAGUUGCAACAAACUGUUGAAUGUUUUUCCAUCCAAUAUCCUAAAAGGGUUACAAAGUCUGGAGAAUGUGAACAUAUAUUAUUGUGAUUCGAUAGAAGAGAUUUUUGAUCUAGGGGGAGUAAAUUGCGAGGAAAUCAUUCCAUUGGGAAAAUUGUCUUUAAAAGGGCUAAAUAGUUUGAAGAGUGUAUGGAAUAAGGAUCCUCAAGGACUUGUCUCCUUUCAAAACCUAUGGUCAUUAUGUAUCGUUGAUUGUCCUUGCUUGAAAUGCCUUUUUCCUGUAACAAUAGCAAAAGGCCUUGUGCAAUUUAAUGUCCUUGGGAUAAGAAAAUGUGGAGUGGAGGAAAUUGUUGCAAACGAAAAUGGAGAUGAAAUAAUGUCUUCAUUAUUCCCUAAACUAACCUCUCUCAUACUUGAAGAAUUAGACAAACUCAAAGGUUUCUCCCGAGGAAAAUAUAUUGCAAGAUGGCCACAUUUGAAACAACUAAUUAUGUGGAAAUGCAAUCAAGUGGAGACACUUUUUCAAGGAAUAGAUUCAAAAGGUUGUAUUGAUAGUCCAAUUCAACAACCUUUCUUUUGGUUGGAAAAGGAUGCAUUCCUUAAUUUGGAGCAAUUGAUCUUAAAGGGCUCCAAGAUGAAAAUAUGGCAAGGCCAAUUUUUAGGGGAGUCAUUUUGCAAGCUGAGACUUUUGAAGAUAAGAAAGUGUCACGACAUUUUGGUUGUGAUCCCCUCCAAUGUGCUUCCAAAGUUGCAUAAUCUAGAGGAACUUCAUGUGAGCAAGUGUAAUUCAGUGAAAGAGGUAUUCGAACUUGUUGAUAAGGAAUAUCAAGUUGAGGCACUCCCACGAUUAACUAAAAUGUUCCUAGAAGAUCUACCUUUGUUGACAUAUCUAUCUGGAUUGGGUCAAAUUUUUAAGAAUCUUCAUUCUAUAGAAGUACAUGGUUGUGGAAAUUUAAUAUAUCUAGUGACGUCCUCAAUGGCUAAAACAUUGGUGCAACUCAAAGUGCUUACUAUAGAAAAAUGCGAAUUGGUGGAAGAAAUAGUUAGACAUGAGGGAGGUGAAGAACCAUAUGAUAUUGUUUUCUCCAAAUUACAAAGGUUGAGACUUGUUAACUUACAAAGUCUAAAAUGGUUCUACUCAGCUAGAUGCAUCUUCAAAUUCCCAUCCUUGGAACAAUUUUUGGUGAAAAGAUGCCCUCAGAUGGAAUUUUUUUGUGAGAGAGUCGCAAGUACACCAAGGGUAAAGGAAGUAAAAAUUGACGAUCAUGUGGAAGAACAUUUGGGGUGUGACUUCAAUACCAUCAUCCGAAAUACAACUUUGGAGAAGUUUAUAAUUGUCGAGGUGAUGUUUGAGAAGGAUCUUGAGGCUCUUGGGGCAACCAGUCAAUUACAUUUGCAGGAUUAUGUAGGAUGGAAUUAUGGAGAUAGUGACGAUGAUGAUGAUGAUGUGGUCAAUGACGAUGAUGAUGAUGAUGAGGUCAAUGAAAAUGAGGAUUUGAUGCGGUUGAUAGAGAUUGGGAUGAGAGGGAGAAAGAGGUGGGAGUGGGACAGGGAGAUAAAGAGGAGGAAAAGGAUGAACACGAGGAUGUGGAUGAUGACAGGCCGCAACGUGGAUGAUAAUGAUGAUGAGGUCAAUGAACAGGAGUAUGAGAUGUGGAUGAGAGAGAGAGAGAGAGAAAGAGGUGGGAGUCGCAUUGGAGAUAAAGAGGGGGAAGAGGAUGAAGAGGAUGAACAGGAGGACGAGGAUGAUGACAAACCACAACCAGGACGACUGAUUUAAUUUUCUAUAUGAAGAAAAAUGAAUAGGUGUUUGUAUUUUUCUUUGACAUAGUGUUUGCAUAUAUAUAUAUAUUAUCUUAUCUUAGAAUAAGGGCCUUUUGUUUUUAUUGUCUUCAUUUUUUUGUCAGGUAUGCGAGCUUUCCUUCUUUUGAGAAGCUGCACAGAUACCAUCCUUGGUAGAGAGACGCUAGCUAAUGAUAUUUCCUUCAUUUAAAGUAAAUAGAGGAAGGUUUUUCUCUUUAUGUGUCUUGAUUUUUUUCAAUAAAUAAGCUAGAUCUUUUGUAUGCUUUGCUCUAAAGCUCGAUAUUUCUAGAUUGCUACAAUUCAACUCUCCAUGAUUUAAUUUGUUAGUGAAUUUAGGAAACGUUAUUAGUAUUAUUCUUGCCUAUAUGUAUUGAUAUUAAGCAAUGAAUGUGUUGUUGAGGAUAUUUCAUA